CUCGGGCACAUGCCUCUGAAAGCCUAUUCCCCACCAGCAGCCUGUUCCUGCUCCAUCUCUUGUGUGUUGCUUCUCUCAGACUUCAUUCCCAGGAGGAAAGUUAUCAUGGGCAUGGCAGUGGUUUCAAGGGCAGACACUGGAGUUUCAUGAGUCUGCCCCAAGAGGAACUAGAGAGAUCUGAGAGGCUCAGAGCUUAAGAUAUAGAAAGAAAAAAGGGAGGAAUAGAAAUAUUAACAAAUGGAAGAUGAUAACCAGUAACAUAAAGGACUUUGCUGUUCUUUGCAGUUGAUAAAAAUGUAUUCCACUUAUGCCGCCAACCAUUUUCAAAUGUGAGCAGGCUCAGUUGUGUCUGACUCUUUGCAAUGCCAUGGAUUUCAACCUGCCACGCUCCUCUGUCCAUGGAAUUUUCCAGGCAAGAAUGCUGGAGCGGGUUACCAUUUCCUCCAGGGAUACUCCCGACUCUGGGAACAAGCCCACAUCUCAUGCAUCUCCUGCAUUGGCAGGCAAAUUCUUUACCACUGAGCCACCCAGGAAGCCACUCUGUCAAAUAGGAACUGUUAAAAAGCCCCAUUUCACCAUUGAGAAGACUGAGGCACAGAGAGGCAUGAUCUGUCCAGACUGUGGCAGAGGUAUUGAAGCAACGUUCAAGUUCUGCCCCUACUGCGGAAAACCUUUGCCUACAGAGAAACAUGCGGGGUCCCAGUCCUUUGUCAAACCGUUUGCAUCAUCCUCCCAAGGCUCAAGGAGAAAGACGAACACCAGUUCUGAAACAUCUUCCAAGAAAGUGAAAUGGUCCAGCUAUGCUGCCUCCCCCUCCUUAUCCCUCCCCUCUGAAGGCAAGAGUCCUGGAUCUGAAGACACCUUGAGUACCAGUGGGAAACCCAAAGGGCACCUGAGCGGAUCCCCAACUCCCCGUAGCAGCCCUCAGACGACCAGACAAAGCCCUCAGACCCUGAAGCGAAGCCGGAUGACCACCUCGCUCGAGGCUUUGCCAGUGGGGACGGUGCUGACAGACAAGAGUGGGCGGCCCUGGAAGCUGAGAUGCCUGCAGACCAGGGGUGACCAAGGCAUUCUCUAUGAAGCUGAGUCUGACUCCACCACUGGCAGCGAGUCAAGUCCCCAGAAACAAAGAUUCUCACUUAAACUAGAUGCCAAGGAUGGGCGCUUGUUCAACGAACAGAACUUCUUCCAGCGGGCUGCCAAGCCUUUGCAAGUAAACAAGUGGAAGAAGCUGUACUCAAUCCCCCAGCUGGCCAUCCCCACCUGCAUCGGUUUCGGCAUUCACCAGGACAAGUACAGGUUCUUGGUGUUUCCCAUCCUGGGGAGGAGCCUUCAGUCGAUCCUGGAUGACUUCCCGAAGCACGUGAUGUCAGUGAGGUGUGUGUUCCAGAUGGCCUGCCGGCUGCUGGAUGCCCUGGAGUUCCUCCACGAGAAUGAGUACGUUCAUGGCAACGUGACAGCUGAGAAUAUCUUUGUGAAUCCAGAGAACCUGUGCCAGGUGACUCUGGCAGGCUACGGCUUCACCUUCCGCUAUUCGCCAGGUGGCAGACACGUGGCCUACACCGAAGGCAGCAGGAGCCCACAUGAGGGGAACCUGGAGUUCAUUAGCAUGGACCUGCACAAGGGAUGUGGGCCCUCCCGCCGCAGUGAUCUCCAGACCCUGGGGUACUGUUUGCUGAAGUGGCUCUAUGGGACCCUGCCAUGGACAAACUGCCUUCCCAACACCGAGGAGAUCAUGAAGCUGAAACAGAAGUUUCUUGACAACCCGGAGGGCCUCGUGGGACAGUGCAGUCGCUGGAUCACCCCCUCAGAGACCCUACAGGAGUAUCUGAAGGUGGUGAUGGCCCUCCAGUACGAGGAGAAGCCGCCCUACUCCACACUGAGGAACGAGCUGGAAGCCCUGCUGCAGGACCUGCGCUCCGCCUAUGACCCCUUGGACCUCCAGGUGGUACCCUAGAACUUUCAGCCUGGAGUUUGAAAUAG